AGGCUGUUUGAAAAAAAAAAAUGAUAAACAUUAAAAGGUGUUAAUUAUACCUAUAAAGGGCAUACAAUUUAAAAAACUCAUCUCAUUUGUUCUCUAAAAUCUAUCUAAUAAGUAUUAUCAGUACGCCAUCCCAUACAUUUUUAUUCUGAAUGAAAAGCACAUUAACAACAAACUUCUUGAUAAUCUAAGAUCAAAUGAGAAACAAUUAACUCUUAAUAUUGUGAAUUUUUGUUUACAUUAGAAGUUUGUUGAAAAAAGAGUCUAAAAAAGUUUUUUCAUAAAUAUGUUGAAAAUUGGAAGCUUCAUACUAUCGUCCGCGUUACUUUUUAUCGGUCUUCAAGUGAUUGUAACUGAAAAUCCUUUUGACUCCGUCUUUAAAAGAGCUGCCGAGGAAGACCAAAGAGAUAAAAAAAAAUACCAAUAUGUGCCACCGAAUAAUACAAUCUUUGAUUUUAUCAUUGUCGGCGGAGGUUCAGCAGGAUGUUUGUUAGCCAAUCGCCUGUCAGAGAAUCCCAGAUGGAGUGUUUUAUUGAUAGAAGCUGGAGGCAAUGAAAAUAUCGUUCAUGACAUGCCAAUUGUGGCACCCAAUUUACAAAAAACUGAGUCCGAUUGGCAAUACCAAACAACACCUCAGGAAAAUGCUUGUUUUGGAAUGCGUGACAGAAAAUGUUCCCUACCCCAUGGGAGAGCACUCGGAGGAACUACUUCCAUUAACUUUAUGACCUUUACUCGGGGCAAUAGGCGGAAUAUAAAUAUUUGGGUUGAGUUUGGAAUAGACCUGAACAACUUCUUCAUGAAUUUAGAGGAUGAAUAUUUGUCCCCUUUUCACAAUCGAACUGGGGAAUUGAGUGUAGAGUUUGUCGAGUUCAGAAGUAAAAUAGCAAAGUAUUUUGUGAAGGGCGCCCAAGAUGCAGGACUCAAGUCUGUAGAUUAUAACGGCUAUUCGCAAUUAGGUGUUUCCUUUGCCCAAGCAACUACGCGAAAUGGACACAGAGCUAGCUCAUCCAAAUCUUUUAUUGAGCCUAUCCGGUACUCAAGGAAGAACCUUCAUGUGAUCAACUAUUCGACGGUGAUAAAGAUAAAUAUCGAUCCAAAAACUUUGACAGCGUAUGGAGUUGAAUACGUUUACAGGGACAUAAUGUAUUCUGUUCGAUCAAGAAAAGAAACAAUACUAUCUGCGGGAGCAUUGCAUUCUCCUCAGUUGCUUAUGUUGUCCGGUGUUGGAACGGGAGAGGACCUUGAACGUGUUGGAAUACCACAACUUGUUGAACUUCCUGUUGGCCAAGUUCUAUACGAUCAAGUAACACAUUUUGGACCUGUUUUCACAACAAAUACCACUGGAUCGACAUUGUUUGGAAAUACUAUCACUCAGAAAGAUUUGGAUCAAUAUUUUGCUGGAAGUGCUGCCACAAGAAUUUCUUCGACUGCAGGAUUUGAAGCACUGGCAUUUCUUCGAACUCGAAACUCACGAACACCCACAGAUGUACCAAACAUAGAAAUAGCAAUGGGUGCUUUUGGUUUGGCGAGUGAUGGUGGGACGGUUUUUAAGACAGCUGCAAACUUUCGAGAUGACAUUUACCAAAAAGCUUUUAGCGAACUAGAAAAUCGUGACCAUUUUACAACCAUUCCUGUGCUUUUGUAUCCAAAAUCUAAAGGAAGUCUUUGGUUGAGAGAUCGAAAUCCAUUUAGCCCUCCAGAAAUCAAUCCAAACUAUUUGAAGGAACAAGAAGAUGUUGAGUUUCUCUUGGAAGGUAUAAAAGAGGCAAUUCGAAUUGCAGAAACACCUUCAAUGCAAAAGAUCAAUGCAACGUUGUGGAAGAGGAAUGUUCCAGGAUGUGAACAUUUGAAAUUCCGUACCGAUGAAUAUUGGAGAUGUUCAAUUAGAGUGUUAUCUUACAACUUUUAUCAUUAUAUUGGAACGUGCAAAGUGGGACCACACACAGAUCCAACGGCAGUUGUAAGUCCGGAACUGAAGGUUCGUGGUGUGAGAAGACUGAGAGUUGUGGAUAAUAGUGUUGUGCCGACAAUGCCAGCAGGACAUACAGCUGCUAUUGCACUUAUGAUUGCCGAAAAAGCAGCUGAUUUAAUUAAACAAGAAUGGGAGCAAAAUUAUAAAAUAAAUGUAGGUAAAUAAAUUAAUAUAGUAAAGUACGGAAAUAUGUAAAAUUAUUUAUAUUCUCUGAUAAAUAAAUAAAAUGUCUUCUUUUAACUAAGAAGUAUGUAUUUAAUUUUCUUUAAAUUAAACAAGUAUUCCAAAAUGGCAAUUCUAGCCAAUCUAGCUAUAUGUCUAAUUACUCUUAGACAACUCGUGCGUAUGAAUUAAAAGUUAUAAGUAUGUCCUUUUUUAA